GUUUCAGUCACGCGCGGUCGCUUUUGUCUGACAUUUUAUUAUUCGGGGAUGUGUUGUUAUUAUCUCGGCGAUGUUAUUUGGAUAAAUUUACAUUUGUAAGCGAUUCAAUGUUUCCAAUUUCUCAGAGGGUUGUUUGGUCCGGUGUCCAAUUUACGUAUUAGUUAGUUAGUGGAGAACAUUCAAGAUGCCUGUGACUCUCGUAGACAGGUUGCCCUUGCCGAAUCUCAAGGUUUACUCGGCGGGAAGUGUUUUAUUGUUAUCGGUAGCCAUGUAUUAUGCCGUGAAUGUGACGAGUGAUCCGAACUGGAAGGCUAACACAACCCUGCAGAAACAGGAGACGGCCUCGGGGAUCGUAGAAGGCGAAGCGGCGAAGAUGGUGCAACCAGCGGUAACAGCGGUAAUUGCAGAGCCUCCGAUGACCGAUACGAAGAAUUUUAGCGACCAGUUUCUAGAAGUGAUGACCUUUAUGAUGCAGGAGCCAUUGUGUAUGUGGACACUUAUCAAUAUGGCGUACUGCUCGCUGGCCUUGUUCGGAUUCUUCAUUCAAAAGGUCGUGUUUGGAAGGCUAAGGGUCUCGGAGGCGCAGCGCGUCAAGGACAAGUUCUGGAAUUAUUUGUUCUACAAGUUUAUCUUCGUGUUCGGCGUUCUCAAUGUGCAGUACAUGGACGAGGUGCUGCUCUGGUGCUCCUGGUUCACUCUCGUCGGCUUCCUACACCUGCUCGGUCAGCUCUGCAAGGAUAGAUUCGAUUAUCUGGCAUCGUCACCGACCUCGGCUCGCUGGGCAAACACUCGUGUCCUCUGUCUAUUGAUGGGCAUCCUGACUGCUGCAUCAGCUCUCUUCGUGGUGGCUGUCGUGUGGGGCCUGCCGGCCGGGAAAGACACAUUCGCCUUCAUGGCCGCGGAGUGUCUGCUGCUGGGCGUGUCUGCGCUACACGUGUUGGCACGCUUUACGCUGCGAGCUCACGACGCGGACGCGGCCGGGCCCGCUGCCUACUACACGCACCUCGUCUUCGACGCCGUGUCGCUGGUAACGGAGACGAUCCACGUGGCGCACAUGGUGGUGUACAGCAACGUGGUGGUGUCCAUGGCGUCGCUGGUGCUGCUCAUGCAGCUGCGCCACCUGCUGUACGCCAUGCUCGCGCGGCUGCGGCGCCACCGCCUCUACACCGCGCUCUCCUCGCACAUGAGCCGCAACUACCCCAUGGCGAGCGCGGAGGAGGUGCUGAAGCACGAGGACAACUGCGCCAUCUGCUGGGAGCCCAUGAAGGAGGCGCGCAAGCUGCCGUGCUCGCACCUGUUCCACAACUCGUGCCUGUGCCGCUGGGUGCAGCAGGACGCGUCGUGCCCCACGUGCCGCCGCGCGCUGUCGGCCGGCGGCGACGCGCGCCCCGCCGAGCCGCCCGCCGCCGGCGCCAACCACCUCUUCCACUUCGACGGUUCCCGAUACGUGUCCUGGCUGCCGAGCUUCUCCGUGGAGGUGACGCGUCGCGCGGGCGUGGACCUGGGCCCCGGCCUGGCCGCGGCCACGGCGGCGACGGCGGCGAGGCCGGCGCCCGACGCGGCCGCCGAGUCCACCGCGCUGGUCGAGCAGGUGCAGCGCCUGUUCCCGCAGUACCCGCGCGCGCUGCUCGUGGCCGACCUGGCCGUGACGCGCUCCGCGCACCUCACCAUCGACAACAUCCUCGAGGGCCGCCUGCCGCCGCCGCCGCCGCCGCGGCCCGCCGUCGCGCCCGCGCCCGCCGCGCCCGACGCCGACUCGCCCCCGCUCCCGGACGAGCUCGACGAGGACGACUCGGCAGAGAACGCGUUCUCGGCGACGGCGGCCGAGCGCGAGGCCGCGCUGCAGCGCCGCAAGGCCGAGCUGCGCGCCGCCGCCCGCGCGCGCUUCCUGCGCCGCCGCCCCGCGCCCGCGCCCGCGCCCGCGCCCGCCGAGCGCAGCCCGCGCAGCUGA